CGUUGUUCCUUUUAUGAUUUGACACUCGUGUAUUUAUAUGCAGAUUGAAAAGAGGUUUUGAAUUUUUAGCGCGUUUCGUUACCCUUUCGUUGUCGCUAUAAUCACACACAAACUGCAAAUGGCCACGGUUGUAAUUCACGUAGUCCCCGAAAUGCGAUAUCAAGCAGCGGAAUCUUGUUUUAUACGUGAAACAACAUCGUCAACGAUGAUAACGCGGCAGUGAUCGUUGUCACGCGUACGUUGAUACGGGAACAGGACUGAUCGCGAUUUUUUCUAAGGUCGCGCAAUUGAGUUUUCCGCGGGAAAACAAUGUCCGGAUAUCAAAGAGUGAAUUAUUACGAACUGUGCAGAUUGUGUACCAGCAGCGAAGGAACCAAAAUGAACAUCUUUCGCGAGGAAGGUCGUAGGCUUCAGCUGCAAACGAAGAUCCAGGCUUGUUUACCCAUACAGGUUUUGGAGGAAGAUUCUUUACCAAAAAUUGUUUGCCACGAGUGUGUGAAGAAAUUGGAAAAUUUCAUUGAAUUCAGAGAAACAGUUAUAAGUGCUGAGGGUAUGUUAGAAUCGUAUUUUACUUCCUUACGAUUUUCUGAAGAUUUCCUGAAGGAAGGUAAAGUUUAUGUGAAGAGUCCUGACAAGGAUAGGGCAGACAGAUCAGGAACGCCUAAUAAUGAAGUAUUAAAGUCAAUAGAAAAAGUAACACCUCCAGCUGAAACUCAGAUAAUAACCGAUGAACCACAAAUGCAACAUGAACAACCUGUUGUUGUUAGUAAUAUAAAUGCUUCUAACAUUCAAAUUAUAAGUGGAGUUCAAGCAAGAGUUCAGCAAUACAAAUGUGCAAUGCAGAUGCAACCGGGAGGUAUGACAGCAGCUGUCGUAGAAGCAACGGCUGAAACACACUAUACUUAUCAGCAACAGACUUCGCAAGUAUCUCCCCAACAAUCAAACGAAGCACAAAAUCAAAUUAACGAUCAACAAAACCCGAGCUCGCAAAUUCAAGUGCAAAAUCAAAUUCAAAACCACGGUCAAAUAAAUCAACAGAUCCAACCGCAAAGACAGAUCCCGCAACAAAAUCAAACACAAGUUGGUCAACAAAAUCAAUCGCAGAUAACGCAGCAAAUUCAACAAUUACAAAGACAGCACACACAGCUUCAACAGAUUGAGAAACAGGUGCAGAUCAAUGCACCACAAGAGUUCCCUGUCAAACAGGAACCACAAGCACAAGUGGUACAUCAAAAUAAUAAUAUCAGUUUAAAAACAGAAUCUGAUAGCAAGGACAGUCAACAAAUCAUUCAGAAGGUACAGUCUGAAAACCUAAAGAACGAAAAUGGAACACAAGGCUUUACGACUGUACAAGCCGCGCCGGAGGUAUUUCUAAAUUUAGGAUUUAAGGAAACUCCGUUGGUGGUCACGCAAACAAUUCCUGAAGAUUCAAAAGACUUUAAGUCGGAAGACUCGAUGUCGCGUAAUUCGAUUGGACAGAUAUCCGAAUUUCUAAGAAUUAAAUCAGCGCCUGAACCAACGUCUUUGAUUACCGUGAAUCCUCAAGCUGUAUCUCAAGUUCAUAAUCGUACUACCUGCAAAGAGUGUGGCAAAAUAUUCAUCUCUAUAAAUCAGCUGAAUAAUCAUGCUUGUUCCGUUCAAAGUACUCUGAGUGAAACUUCCGAUACCAGUAGUAAUAAGGAAGAGACACAAAUUAAUAACAGUUCAUUUAGUUGUGACGUUUGUGGUAAACCGUUCAAACGAAAAGAACAUCUUUAUCAGCAUAGAAAAUUACAUACUGGUGAACGACCGUAUGUAUGUACAACGUGCCAAAAGGCAUUCAGUCGUAAGGAACACUUAGUUAGGCACUCGGUAUCUCAUACAGGUGAAAAGAUGCAUGAGUGCGACAUGUGCGGCAAAAGUUUUUCACGGAAAGACAAUCUACACAAACAUCGUAAAACACACGGCGUAUCGGGCCCAUACAUUUGUGAAACCUGUGGAAAAUCGUUCGUGGUAAAACAUUAUUACUUAAUGCAUCUGACAACCCAUGCGUCAGAUGUUGGAAAUGAUCUAAAUUAUCCAGAUCCUUUACCAUAUAAAUGUAACAUGUGUCUCAAGGCAUUCCCUAUAAAACAAUAUCUCACAAGUCACAAACUUAAGCAUAGAUCCAGGAACAGUAACAAUACUUCUCAGAAUACUGUGAACAAUCAUGUGCAGCAGCAGCAGCAACAACAAGAACAACAACAACAAACACAACAAUCAAACACUACAAACAAUGUAAACAUAGUGACUAAUAACGUUGCCAAUUCUGAGAAUCUAAACAGUAACAAUGAACAGUCUAACAAUGAACCGACGGUCGAGAUGCAGAGUGUUAUCGAAAGGAACGAACAAGCAAACAGUUCGUUUAACAACCAAUAUCAUAAUAAUGUACAAGAGUUUCAAUGAGAUAAGGGAAAGCGUGUCUAUUAUGUUCUCUUGCCAAACGGUAACAAUCAUAAGAUUGUUGUUAUGUGAGCAUGAGAUAUUUUACGACGCGCUAAAAUAUUUUCUUAUAUCGAAAUCGCUGUUACUCCGGAAGUGACUUUUGUACUUUAAUAAGAUGCGAUAUUAUUUUCACAACUUAAAUAUUAUUUUCAGCGGACUUAAACAAUUAAUCCUUUCAAUUGUCAUUAAUCAGUUGAUCACAAACGUCAAAUCUUUAGUGGCUUAUGAGCUUAACUUGGAGUAAUUUGUACAUAUAUUUAUCGGUAUAGUAUUACAUAUAUUAAAUGCAUGCUACGUUUUGUACGAAUGCACACUGUUAUUUAAAGUUCGGAGAAAUUGUGUGCCACACGAUUCAAACGUAUCUAUGUAGAUAGUCAUGAGGUUGUUCCAAUACCUGAUUAGAUACGUAUUUUCAGUCUAUUGACUUGAAGCAAAAAACGAAGAAUGAAAUUCAUGUAUCAGAAUAUUAUCUAUGAAAGAUUAUAUAUUACUUUAGUUACUUAAUAGAAUUAGGAAAGCAUGCUAAAAAUAGUAAUGUAUUCUUAUUUCAUCAAUAUACGUCUGUUAUAUAUUUUACCGAUAGUUGUUGUUGAGAUCUAAAUUGAUUUUUCGUAUUACAAACAGUUUUACGAAAACAUUAUGAUUUAUCUUUUUGUUUUGUGCAAUAUGUGUUGUAGUGAUGUAUGUUAGACAUACAUCAAGGCCAAUAAUUUUUUCCGUAACCAGUGAUUGCAACAAUCUAUGACUUUUUCACAAAGUAUUUUAGAACUAUAUUGUUUGUAUGUAACUUAGAAUAUUUACGAAACAAAAUCUCUAAGACCAAAGAACUAUAUAUGUUAUGUAUAAAUUGGGUACAUAUAUAAUAGAAAAAUAAUUUCAGAUAUAAAUCUGAUUAGCUACGUAAAUAUAGGUAAUUAAGAUUUCGGUUUAAGCGUACAUACGAUGUGUGCAUAUUCUGCAUAUAUUACAUAGUAGGUUAUAUGCAGCGACUGUAAAGUCGUUGUUUUUUAACAAAUGUGAGCGUGCCAUACACUAAACUGACUAAAUUCUUUAAAUAAGCAUGCAGGAAAUUAUGAUUGUCAAAUUUCUCAAUGGACGUACAAUAUCGACCAAAAUCGAGAGAAUUUAUGUUUCAUAAGCCACGCAUAGUUUUAGUUUCUCGCAUCCGUAAUUUAUAUAUAAUUAGCAUUUGCUAUAAAUUAACUUAUGUUUCCCUUUUUUUCAUUAAACGCAGAAGAAUCGGAAACAGGGGGCAGCUAACAGCUAUAUUCUCAAAAGGUCUCUGUUGUGUGUCAUUAAGGUUGUAUGAGCCGUAAGAUUUCUGCCAAAAGUUUAAGCAUGUAAUAAAAAUGUGUGUCUAAUAUUUGAAGU